AGGAGAAGGAGCUGACUCCUAACGUGAGUCCCAAAGGGUUCCUUGUGGGAAUACUGUACUGAAUUGCUGACUCUUGAUAACUGCAAACAGCAGUACUUCGAGAUCCGGUCCCGCAACAUCAAGAAGCUCAUAGAGUCCAAGAGCCCUUACCCCUACCCCCACAAGUUCAACCGCGACUACGACCUCAACAACUUCGUCAAGGACUUUGGUCACCUCAAGUCUGGCGAGCACAGCAAGGACAAGGUCCUCCGCGUGGCUGGCAGGAUAUACAACAAGCGUGCUUCUGGCAACAAGCUGCUCUUCUACGACAUCUACGGCAACAAUGGCGUCAAGGUCCAGGUCAUGUGCCAGGCGCAAGAAGUCAGCGAGGGCUCGCCAGCCUUUGAGGACCAGCACACCCACAUCCGCAGAGGUGAUGUCAUUGGUAUUGUCGGCUACGCCGGCCGCACCGCACCCAAGACCAAGAUCGAAAAGGGCGAGGAGGGCGAGCUCUCCGUCUUUGCGACCGAGGUCGUUCUGCUCGCGCCCUGCUUGCACCAGCUGCCCGACGAGUACUACGGCUUCAAGGACCAGGAGCAGCGCUACCGCAAGCGGUACCUCGACCUGAUGAUGAACCCGACCGUCUUCAACACCUUCCGCACGCGCACCAAGAUCAUCAAGUACGUCAAGAACUACCUCGACAAUGCUGGUUUCGAGGAGGUCGAGACUCCCAUCCUCAACAUGAUUGCUGGCGGUGCCACCGCGAAGCCCUUCACCUCCCACCUGAACGACUACAACAUGGACGUCUUCUUGAGAAUCGCCCCCGAGCUGCCUCUCAAGAUGUUGAUUGUCGGCGGUUACGACAAGGUUUACGAAAUUGGCCGCCUCUUCAGAAACGAGGGCGCCGAUCUCACCCACAACCCCGAGUUCACCACCUGCGAGUUCUACGAGGCGUACGCCGACUACGAGGACCUGAUGAAGCGCACCGAGGAGCUCGUGUCCGGCAUGGUCAAGCACCUGACCGGCGGCUACACCACCGAAUUCACCAACCAGCACGGCGAGAAGUACAACGUCAACUGGGAGGCACCCUGGCGGCGCGUGUCCAUGAUCCCCGCCCUCGAGGAGGCCACGGGCGAGAAGUUCCCUGCCGCCGAGGACCUCCACACCGACGAGGCCCGCGAGUUCCUCAAGGGCGUCUGCAAGAAGAUGAAGGUCAACUGCCCCGAACCCCAGACCACCGCCCGCAUGCUCGACAAGCUCACGGGCGAGUUCAUCGAGGAGACGGCUGUCAACCCGACCUUUAUCAUUGAGCACCCCAAGAUCAUGUCGCCCCUGGCCAAGGACCACCGCAGCAAGCCCGGCUUGACCGAGCGCUUCGAGGCUUUCGUGUGCAAGAAGGAGAUUGCCAACGCCUACACAGAGUUGAACCAGCCGUUCGAGCAGCGGCUGCGGUUCGAGGAGCAGGCCCGGCAGAAGGACCAGGGUGACGAGGAGGCCCAGACCAUCGACGAGACCUUCCUCAACGCCCUCGAACACGCCCUGCCCCCGACAGCCGGCUGGGGUCUCGGCAUCGACCGCCUCGUCAUGUUCCUCACCAACAACUACAGCAUCAGGGAGGUGCUGCUGUUCCCGUUCAUGAACCCCGAGCAGAAGAAGGAGAAGACUGUCGGCACUGAUGGUGCCGAGGAGCCCAAGGUCCCCAUCGAAGGCAUUGCGCACAAGUAAACUGCUAGUCAGCAGUGCUUCACCGACGACACGAAAAUGUUCCAGCAGGAAGAAAAACAAGAGAAACCGCCUUGUCUGGAUGAGAGCUGAAGUGAUGAUAAGCCACAGGUAGAAAACCCUUAUUUGGCGUACUUGGCGUACAAUAAAAGACAGCUAGAAACAAAAUACAGUAAAAUCAGCCUA